AUAUACAAAACCAUUGCAAAAUUGCUAGCAAACCGGUUACAAAAGGUGUUACCCAAGGUGAUCAGGGAGCAGCAAAUGACUUUUAUUGAGGGACGGCAAUUAGUGGAGGGAGUAGUGAUUGCAAAUGAGAUUAUUGAUGAAGUCAAAAGGAAGAAGAAGAAGGGUUUUCUGUUUAAAGUUGACUUUGAGAAAGCUUACAAUAAGGUAUGUUGGGAUUUCAUUGAGUAUAUGUUGAUGAGGAUGGAGUUCUGCACAACUUGGAGAAAAUGGACACAAGAGUGCCUAAAAUCGAGCUCGAUUUUUGUUCUCAAUAAUGGAAGCCCGACGAAACAAUUCUCGGUUAAUGAAGGCAUCCGACAGGGAGAUCCGUUAUCCCCAUGUUUAUUCUUAAUUGUCGCAGAAGGGCUAAAUGGAGUAGUGUCAUCCGCAGUGGAGAAGGAGUGGUAUAAAAGAGUGACAAUUGGCAGCGGAGAUGUUAUGGUCACACAUUUACAAUUCUUGGAUGACACCAUAUUCUUCGAGGAGGCACCAAAAGAUAAUAUUUGGGUGAUCAAAUGCAUUAUGAGGACUUUUGAGUUGGUCUCAGGGUUGAAGAUAAACUUCCAAAAAGCCAAUUGAUGGGAGUGGGAGUAGAGCAGAAUUGGAGUGCCAAAAUGGCAUCUAGAUUGUGUUGCAAAGAAGAAUAGCUAUGUGGCAACCAAUGGUGGAGUCCAUUAAAAGGAAGUUAGUUAG